AUGCAAGAUCUGAGAACUAGGGUCAAAGACGUCAUGCAAGCAAUGAAAUGGAAGGGCCAGGCCACAGUGAACGAUCUGGUAGAAGAGGUGGACAACAAGGUUGCCCUCACAGCCUUUACGGGAGGACUACAGACUUCUAAGUUCCUAUUUUCCUUAUCAAAAGAAGCCCCUACAAGCAUGACAGAGUUGAUGGUUAAAGCGUGGAAGCACAUGAACGCUGAGGAUGCUAUGAAUGCACGAAAAAACAAAGAUGGUGAAGAUAAGAGGUCGGAGAAGAAGAGGCCAGCACCUAACACUAGGGAGGAAAAGGAAUCGAAGUACAAGAAAUUCUCAAACAACCAGGCUGACAGAUCGUCUCGCCGCCCAAUUCAAGAUGACGCAUCAUUGAAAUGGCCGCCAAAGCUAAAAGCUGAUCCAAUAAAGAGGUCUCUAGGUAAAUACUAUAGGUUUCACCGGGACCAUGGACAUAACACAGAAGAUUGUUUUGACCUCAAAAACCAGAUCGAGAACCUUGUUCGUAAAGGUCAUUUACGUAAAUUCACAACUAGAAAUGGAAAAGGAGGCUCCAACCCAGCCCGGGAGGGCCGAGAUGAUCGCCCUCCUCAACACCAACCAAUGGGUGAGAUCAAAGUUAUAUCGGGUGGCUUCGCUGGUGGUGGUGAGACAAGUUUGGCUCGGAGGGCUCAUGCUAGGAGAAUUCGGAGUUUUUCAGAGGUGAAUGAAGUUGGAAUGAUAAGUCCUCCAACAAAAUUACCUCGAGUUGAGGAGCCGGUCAUAACCUUUUCUGAAGAAGAUGACAAGGGAAUUUACCAGCCCCAUGAUGACCCUCUGGUAGUUUCCAUGGUCGUUGCUAAUUUCACUGUUCGACGAAUACUGACAGACAAUGGUAGCUCGGCUGACAUAUUAUUUCUUAGGGCGUACGAGAAAUUGAAAAUUGGCCGAGAGAAGCUCUGA